AUGAUUGGGUCGGGUUCGAAUACCAAAGAUUGCUGGCUGAUUAUCAGUGGAAAGGUUUAUGAUGUAACUCCAUUCAUGGACGAUCACCCGGGAGGUGAUGAAGUUUUGCUAUCAGCCACAGGAAAAGAUGCAACCAACGACUUUGAAGACGUUGGCCACAGUGAUUCUGCUCGGGAAAUGCUGGAUAAGUACUACGUUGGGGAGAUAGACCCAGCAACAGUCCCCUUGAAACGGGCGUACGUUCCACCACAACAAGCCCAGUACAACCCAGACAAGACGUCUGAUUUUGUGAUCAAAAUCUUGCAGUUCCUUGUGCCUCUAUUGAUCCUUGGGCUGGCUUUUACUGUCCGCUACUACACCAGAGAGAAAGUGAAUUGA